AUGAUUGAGAUUAUUCGUCAGCAUCAUUUACAAUUAGCUGUGUCAUCUCAGCUUACAGAUCCUGAUGUUAACUUAAUCGAAGAAAUAUGGAAAGAUUUAAAUUAUUUAAAAUCUCAUUUAGAUAAAAUAAAUAAAUCUACUCCAUUUUUAGUACCAGUCAUUGGGACAUCAAAGCUUACUCCAAUUCAAAAUGCAAUGUCACCAACAAUAUUCCGAAUAGAUAUGCGAAAAUUUAUACAUCCAACAACAGCACUGAUCAUUGAUGUUCCUUAUAAUAAUGCCCAUCAAUAUCGAUUAUUAGAAAUUCUUCAAUGGGAGCAUUGUCUACUUGAAAUGAAUUGUCAAAAAGCAUCAAUUCUUCUUCGUUUAAACUACUCUAUCAAAGAAUUACCACUUCUGCCAGUAUCAACAAUGUUUAACGAUGAAAAAUGUGCUCAAUUAGGAGAGUUGAUUCUUUCAUAUCAAAGAGACGACACAAAACAUUGUCUUCAUCAGUUUCCCAUUGUUGAUAAUUCAAAAGGCGAACAACAAAUAAGUCCAGUUUCAGUCACAUUUGAUGAAACGAUUGUACUUAAUUUACCAACAUUACCACGCAUCACUAUUCCGCUUUAUUGUCGUGUAUUCGCAAAAAGUCUUGGUAUCUGCGUUGAAUAUGAUCUUCGUACGUGCACCAACAUUCUACAAUUACUCAGUGAUGAAAAAAAUACAAAUACUGAUUUGUAUGUUAAAUGGUUAGGCCAUUUACAUUUAUAUGUUCUGCAACAACACAUUGAUUUGAACACAACAAGCUUGCUUUCAUCAUGUCGGUUGUAUUUUCCUGAACAAAGUAACUUUUAUUCAUUAAAUGAAGUUUUAAUUAUAUCGAACAGUGAAGAAUAUUCUAAUUGCUAUUUCAAUCAUUUCUAA